UGUGAUUUUACAUUCUGAUUUUUUCCAUUGGACCAAGAGUUCAUUUGGGGCAGUAACUUACUCAUAUUUGUAACCGUGCCUUGCUUAUGGUGAGCAAUUUGGAUGUUUUGAAAGAAAGUAGUCUUACGGAGACGGAGAGUAGAAGGAUGGUUAACAGACUGGGAAGGGUUGGUGGGGUAGGGAAGUGGGGAUAGUUAAUGGGUACAAAAAAUAGAAUAAGAAAUAGUAUAACUAGUAUUUGAUAGCACAUCGGAGUAACUGCAGCCAAUAAUAUUGUACAUUUUAAAGUAACUAAAAGAAUAUAACUGGAUUGUUUGUAACACAAAGGAUAAAUGCUUGAGGUGAUGGAUAUCCCAUUUGUCCUGAUGAGAUUAUUAUGUAUUGCAUGCCUGGGUCAAAAUAUCUCAGGUGGCCCAUAAAUGUUUACACCUACUAUGUACCCACAAAAAACUUAAAAAAAAAAAACCACUAAUAAAUUAACCUGGAAAAACGUAGUUUUGUUCCUGAAGUAGGAUUUUAUCAUAUUCUUUGUAAUUUUCAGUCUUCCCUGAGAUGUAGCUCAGUGGUUCCUAGCUUCAGCUGCACAUUAGAGUCACCUGCAGCUCUUUUCAAACUGUCGCUCCACAGCUGGGCCUCAGGCAUCAAUGCCUAAAGCUCUGCGGGUGAUUCCAGCUUGCAGCCAGGGCCCUUCCAGCAACUCCAAGGCCGGCUGGUGUGCGCUGAAGCUGUCGGGAGUCGGACCAGCUGCACAGUUAAUACAUAUGUGUCCUAGGCUCCUCUCUCCUUCCAACGCAAAUAUGUGCACAAACCCUGCCUGGAACCGCAGCCCUGUUCUCAGAAUCAGAUUCCUGAAAGUGGGCAAGCGGAAGCGGAAAUAAGCCCUCUCCCAACGCCAGCUGACUCGAUUUCGUCUCGGUCUUCCCCAGGGCUGGGCACGGGGCACCAUGAUCAGAGAGACACAUUCCCUGUGGACGGCGCUCCCAUCGGAUGACUGGAGGGACGCGACACUAGAGGCAGGCAGUACUUCAGGGUGACCAUAAGUCUUCCAAACAUCCACAACGGCUCGUUCUCCCAGCUAAGGCGACAACGCUGCCAUUUUGGAUCUUGUUCACCCGCGCGAAGCCGGCGUUUGCACAGAUUUUCGGACGUCAUAUUAAAGCGCACCGGGCGCCGAGACUUCAGGGAAAUGAAGUCCUUGCGAAGGCCCCGCAUUGAUUGGGAGCGCGGGCUCCAGGACCCUUUGCGCAGGCGCGUUGGUUUCCCGACCUGAAGAGGCGCCGUCUUCCCGGGUCCCGAGCACUCUGUGCCGGAGGACUCUGCCCUUGUCCACAAGGAGAGUACACAGGAGAGAAUGGCUGCUGUGUCUCCAACCACCAGAUGCCAGGAAUCAGUGACAUUCGAAGACGUGGCUGUGGUUUUCACAGAUGAAGAGUGGAGUCAUCUGGUCCCCAUACAGAGGGACCUCUACAAGGAGGUGAUGCUGGAGAACUAUAACAGCAUUGUGUCAUUGGGCCUUCCAGUUCCUCAACCUGAUGUGAUUUUCCAAUGGAAGAGAGGGGACAAGCCGUGGAUGGUAGAUCUUCAUGGGUCUGAGGAGAGAGAAUGGCCAGAGAGUGUCCCUCUAGACUGGGAAACUAAGCCUGAGAUUCAUGAUGCUUCAGACGAAAAAUCAGAAGGAUCAUUGAGGGAAUGCCUUGGAAGGCAAAGUCCUCUGUGUCCUAAAUUUGAAGUUCAUACACCCGAUGGCAGGAUGGGAACAGAAAAGCAAAGCCCUUCAGGGGAGACUCAUAAGAAAUCCCUCUCCCGGAACAAAGGCUUGCAGCGAGGGUCAGCCCUGCCCAGGGAAAUUCUCACUAAAGAGAGACACCAGGAAUGCAGUGACUGUGGGAAGACCUUUUUUGACCACUCAUCCCUCACCCGCCAUCAGAGGACUCACACUGGGGAGAAGCCCUACGACUGCCGCGAGUGUGGGAAAGCCUUCAGCCACAGGAGCAGCCUCAGCAGACAUCUGAUGUCACACACUGGGGAGAGCCCCUACGAGUGCAGUGUGUGCGCAAAAGCCUUCUUUGACCGCUCGUCCCUAACUGUCCAUCAGCGAAUUCACACUGGAGAGAAACCCUUUCAGUGCAACGAGUGUGGAAAAGCCUUUUUUGACCGUUCAUCCCUUACUCGACACCAGAGAAUUCACACUGGAGAAAGUCCUUAUGAAUGUCAUCAGUGUGGGAAAGCCUUUAGCCAGAAAAGCAUUCUUACUCGCCACCAGCUAAUCCACACUGGCAGGAAGCCUUAUGAGUGUAACGAGUGCGGGAAAGCUUUCUAUGGUGUCUCGUCACUGAAUAGACAUCAGAAAGCUCAUGCUGGAGACCCUCGCUAUCAGUGUAACGAGUGUGGCAAAGCUUUCUUUGACCGCUCAUCCCUUACACAGCAUCAGAAGAUCCACACUGGAGACAAGCCAUAUGAAUGCAGCGAGUGCGGGAAAGCCUUUAGCCAGCGGUGCCGGCUCACGCGGCAUCAGCGUGUCCACACGGGAGAGAAGCCCUUUGAAUGCAGUGUGUGUGGGAAAGUUUUCAGUUCAAAAUCUUCUGUUAUUCAACAUCAACGGCGUUACGCCAAACAGGGAAUAGACUGAGUUGGGCAAAAGCUUGGGUAGGACAAGACUUCCAUACAAAUUUGAGAUAGAUCUCCCCUACCUUAAAGCUGCCAUUUGCUCAUUCUACCCACUCUGGCUGCCGUUGUCCUGUCCUGCUUCUGCCCCAGAGCGUUUAAUAAGCACUCCCUUCCUGCUGUGUUAUAGAACUGUAGGGGAGGCCAUGGAAAUGACUCUAAAGAUACAAAAUUUUGAAGAGGUUUGUCAGACAAUAGGAUAGAUGUUAGGAAGAGACAACACUUCUUGUCUGAGAACCUAGGCCCCAGGUAUCACUGCACUUGAAGAAACUGGAGGCUGCAACAGGAGGGAAAGGCAGAAUGAUAUCAGAGCAGUACUAUUUUUUUUUUUUUCAGAACAGUUGUUUUGAUGGCUGCUAGUCCCCCUCUCUUGGAGCUUUUUGGGACACUAAUGUUGUUCUCUUGUGUCCCAGCUUUUAGAUCUCUUACUUCCACUGCUAGUAGCUAGUACUUACUGAGCACCUGCGAUGAGGUAAAGACUCAGCUAAGGGUUUUACAGGAAGUAGAUUAGUUGAUCCUGUCACCAACCAUAUGAAGUAGGCACUGUUACCACCUGCAUCUCCAGAUGAGCACCCUGAGGUUUAGAGAGAUUAAAUAACUUGCCCAAGGUGAACCAGCUGGUAAAAGGUGAUGCCAGGUCUUGAAGACAGGUCCACCUUCAAAGUCUGUUCUCUUUACCAUUAUGCUCAAUGGUUUGUUUGUUUUAUAAUUUAUGUAUAUGUAUUAUCCUCUCAGCUAGAUUGUAAGCACUUGGAGGUGUGACUUACAGGUCUUUGUAUCUCACACAGUGCCUUGCUAAUAGGUGCUCAAUAAAUAUUUAUAUGAGUGAAUGAC